UACUCACACUGCACAGUGUUUGCUUACGACCAUCAGCUUUCAUUGUGUUUACUCCGCUCAUCCAUGUCGGCGACCAAAGGUUUUGCUAACAUCAGUACAGACAACCCACUGUCGGUGUACAAAUACACUGGUCGCCAUUGUCCGGACGACUCACUUAACAUAAGUCACGGGUCAGUGACCAUACAGCGGUCUCUGUGGUCAGUGGAAGGAAACGUCACCUGUGACGACGACUACUUUCUCCUUCAAACUGUGAUCACGUGCAUGGAUGAUGGAAAUUGGACGUCCAUCACUGCUCAGUGUGAGAAGAGUGUCUGGAGAUACCCCGAGACAAAGAUAAAUGCUAGCCAAGUCACUCUUGCCAUACCUGGGACAGUGGUCGAAGGCUGGUCGAUGUGUGUGGAAGGCGUUCCAACAAGCAACAACAGAAUUGAUAUUCAGAUAUUUCAAGGCUAUAACAUCAAUCGCACGGUCCUAACGAGUUGGAGGUUUGAAGGUUACCUGCAGGUCACUGACAGUGUCAGUGGAAAAUAUGGAGCAUCCACUAAUGUGACCAACCCUCCCUUCCCUCUGGUGGUCGGAACACCAUUUUUCUACAGACUGACAGUGAACACCUCAACAACCGUGCAUAUUUACAUGAACAACGUCUUCUUCUAUCAACAUGUUCUGAGGUAUCCUCUCUCCUCAUUCUCUCACAUGAACGUUUUCGGGUCUAGCGUCAACGUGACGAAAGUAGAGGCAUGGUGCAGAGGUUGA